GAAGACUUGGGACUUCCUCGCCGACUAGCAGCAAACCUCUCGUCUCUCUCAACAACCUCUUCAAUACCGCAAGUCAAGAUGUCGAACCGUCCUACUGUCGGCAUCGUCGGCGGCGAUGGCUCCAGCACUGGAGAGACCCAUCCCUUGCCAGCCGUCUUCAGCUCUCCCAUCCGUCCUGAUAUUGUCCAGACCGUCCACACUGGAAUGGCCAAGAACAAGAGACAACCAUAUGCCGUGAGCGAGAAGGCAGGCGAGCAGACAUCAGCAGAGUCAUGGGGCACAGGCCGCGCUGUCGCACGUAUCCCUCGUGUCUCUGGCGGUGGUACACACAGAGCAGGCCAGGCUGCGUUCGGUAACCAAUGUCGAUCCGGCCGCAUGUUCGCGCCCACGAAGGUCUGGAGAAAGUGGCAUCAGAAGAUCAACUUGGGACAGAAGCGCUUCGCCACAGCAUCUGCCAUUGCUGCCAGCUCCGUCCCGGCCCUCCUCCUGGCCCGAGGCCACCGCAUCUCGACCGUCCCCGAAGUGCCCCUCGUCAUCUCCAGCAAGAUCUUUGAGGGUGCCGCCCUGGUCAAGACAUCCGCCGCCGCGGCCCUCCUCAAGGCCGUCGGCGCCGGCCCGGACAUCGUCAAGGUGCAGAAGUCCCGCAAGCUGCGCGCCGGCAAGGGCAAGAUGCGAAACCGCCGCCACCGCAUGCGCCGCGGUCCCCUCGUGGUGUACAACCCCGAGGUCGACGGCAAGGAGCUGGUGCGCGCGUUCCGCAACAUCCCCGGCGUCGAGACCUCGUCCGUCUUCGCGCUGAACCUGCUCCAGCUCGCGCCCGGGGGCCACCUGGGCCGCUUCAUCAUCUGGACCUCGGGCGCCUUCGCGGCCCUGGACACCAUCUACGGCUCGACGAGCGAACCCUCGACGCUGAAGAAGGACUUUUUGCUGCCCGCCAACGUCGUCGCCAACGCCGACAUCACCCGCCUCAUCAACAGCUCCGAGAUCCAGUCCGUGCUCCGCGAGCCCAAGGGCUACGCGACCACCAAGCGCACCGGCGUGCAGAAGAAGAACCCGCUCCGCAACAGACAGGUGCUGCUGCGCCUCAACCCCUACGCUGCGCAGUACUCCAAGGACAAGCUUGGGCAGAAGGGCGUGGAGCACGGCAAGCCCGAGCGCGUCGACGAGAAAUUCCAAGAGGUCUUGCACGAGAACUAGAAACAUCGUUUUGGUUUUGAAUUGGCGAGGGGAUUCGGGAAUGCCUAUGGGGGUUGGUUCGAAGCAAGACCACGCUUUCAGAGUAGACGAGUCCGCGGGGAACUGGGGUUUGAACACCGAAUGAGCCUUUGCCGUAUGGAUCGAGCAGAUAAUUCAGCGAGGGUCUACGAUCAAUCUCCCUUCGAAUGAGUGUUUCCCUUGUUCAGGCAGACAUGACAGUGAGAGAAUCGGAAAACAUGAAACUUCCCCCCCUCCCAGUUGACCAUUGUCUCUUUUGGUUCUUGCAGGUUGUUGACUCGCCAUCGUCUCGCCCAAAAGGCGAACAGUGGAGGGUGCCGUGGCUCAUGCACUGUAGCCGUCAGUGGCACACGGAGUCCCUCGCACUCGUUGCUCGCAGCCUCGACAAGAGGACGACCGCGCUCACUGCGAUAGGACCAGACCAACCGAGAGGGACUCGUCCCACCUCCUUUGGACAGUCCUUUGCACAACUGGUUAAGCCUGCUCACACGGCUGGGAAGCAGACUCAGAGACGACGCGUCCAGCUGAGCCGUUCCCUGGCUAGGAGGCUUGCGUCGUUUCCAACUCAUCCAUUUCCAGACACACCACACUCGCUCGCAUUGUCGCCUUCCCUGCCCUUCCUACAUAGAUUCCGUUCUGUCCCAUCAGCUCCACUUCCAAGGUGAUGGUUUCCAGGCAACUCUCACCGAGCCUCUCAUGAGUCUGCGGUCCACUACAACCCAGCUCGCAUCAGAUGCAACGACAAGAUCUGCAAGGGGCGAUUGACUGUAAUAGGACGGAGUCAUUCAAGUAACGGAUCAUCAUUCACCAAACAUGCGGCUUCCAUCACAUGGAGCCAGGUUCUUCUGUGCCGCCUGCUCUAAGCGAGUGGGCCACACGGGCGAGAGUGAGGCGUCAGGCUGCGCCAUAAUUGCUUGGUCCGCAGAACUUUUCCUCCUGAGAGAUAUGUCCCAGUACGGGACCUCCUCAUAAUCUAGCUAGAGGGGUAUACCCACUUUGACAUCCAGAUUUUCCCAUUUUCCAGCCGUCUUCUCGUUAUAG